AUGAAACGGUUUGUCAAACUGCGUUACUUCAUUUUUGGCGUUUUUGUUACCUUCGUUCCAUGGGUUUUGUACCAGUUGCUUUACGCUGCCAACCUUCGUUUUCCCGAGGAAGUCAAUGUUGUUCUGCGGCCAGUUUCAGAUUCGUUGGAAAAGUCAGUCGCAAACAUUGGUUCUGUUAACGUUGGUGACAACACGAAUCAUUUUUCAGACAUGAUGAAUAAAGAAGUAGAAAUAGUCAAGACGCUAAUCUUAGCGACACAACCAAAUCUGGAGCGUUUAGGCAUCAUUUAUAACGAAUCGGACAGAGUGAAACAUGAUACGGGUUAUCAAAGGUGCCGAUCAAUGAAAUAUACAGAAGAGUUGGGAAACGCCAGCAUCGUCAUAUGUUAUUUUAACGAGGCGACGUCGGUUCUGAUCCGAAUGGUGAAUUCGAUACUUGACCGAACGCCAAUGCGGUAUAUCCAUGAAAUCUUGCUCGUUGAUGAUUUCAGUGACUCUGAUAACUCAGAGCUUCAAGAAUACGCUCUCCAGAACUGGCCUCAGAUUGUGAAAUUUAGAAGAACGAAGAAGCGUGAAGGUCUGAUGCGAGCGCGCAUUUUCGGGGCACGGGAAGCAAGCGGAGAGGUGCUGGUUUUUCUGGAUAGCCACUGCGAAGCGAACGAACGAUGGCUCGAACCGCUGCUGAAUAGGAUCCGUGAGAAACCGAAUUCUGCAGUCUGUCCGAUCAUCGACAUCAUAAAUCCUGAUACCUUUAACUACAUUGCCUCGCCGGUGUGCACUGGUGGUCUGACCUGGACUCUUUUGUUCAGAUGGGAAUAUCCUCCGUGGUCUUAUUUUCAGCAGCCGGAAGACUACGUUAAACCGUUGCGUGAUUUAGGGGAAUAUGACCCGGGAAUGGAAGUGUGGGGUGGCGAAAACGUGGAACUUUCAUUCAGAUUGUGGAUGUGUGGUGAAAAUCAGCUCGAGAUCAUACCGUGCAGCAGGGUUGGUCACAUUUUCCGUCGACAUCGACCGUACACUAGUAGCGAUGGUGUCGACAAAACGCGCCAUAAUACAAUGCGAAUCGCCAAAGUGUGGUUGGACGAAUAUAUGGACCAAUAUCUGCAUCAUGCAGGAAGGCACGGUUAUACGGAAUCAUAUGAAGACGUGAAGGAGAGGAUCGACCUGCGCAAUCGUCUCAGAUGUAGACCAUUUAAGUGGUAUUUGGAAAACGUAUAUCCGGCUUUACAAUCGGGCAGUAGUAAUGUAGCAGCGUUUCGCAAUUCUGAAACUUUGCCGCGUCAGAAGCAGAAUCCGCCAAGGAUGUCCAUGAUCCGUUGGUUACGUGAUGACCUGUGCAUCAGUGUCGAAACUCAAAACGUGAAACAUACUAACGGUGCCCCGGUUAAAUUAGCACGGUGUGAUAUGAACAGCAAAUCUCAGAUCUGGCAGUGGACCAGCGAGGGUGAACUAAAAAUCCUGAAACGAUUUUGCUUGGACAGUCAUAAGCUCUUCCGGCUGGUGAAAUGCGCUGGCGAUUAUGCUUUUCAGAAGUGGAAUAUGAUGGAUAAAAGGAUUUUUAAUCCAGGCAGUGGAAUGUGCCUUAACGCCGCAGCUAAUUCAGUUUCUUUGGAAAUGGCGAUCUGUUCCAGCAGCGACACCAUGAAAUGGGAAGUAGUUGAAGUUUGA